GGGGAGGCCGCCUGGCUCCUCGGCGGUCCGCGGCGGCGGCGGCGGCGGCGACGGCGACAUGGAGAGUGGGGCGUACGGCGCGGCCAAGGCGGGCGGCUCCUUCGACCUGCGACGCUUCCUGACGCAGCCGCAGGUGGUGGUGCGUGCUGUCUGCUUGGUCUUCGCCUUGAUUGUCUUCUCGUGUAUCUUCGGCGAGGGCUACAGCAACACCCACAAUUCCCAGCAGCAGUACUGCGUGUUCAACCGCAAUGAGGACGCCUGCCGCUACGGCGCCGCCAUCGGGGUGUUGGCCUUCUUGGCCUCAGCCUUCUUCUUCGUGGUUGACGUCUAUUUCCCCCAGAUCAGCAAUGCCACUGACCGCAAGUACCUGGUCAUCGGUGACCUGCUCUUCUCAGCUCUCUGGACCUUCCUGUGGUUCGUUGGGUUCUGCUUCCUCACCAACCAGUGGGCGGCCACCAAGGUGGACGACGUGCGUAUAGGAGCCGAUUCAGCCCGGGCGGCCAUCACCUUCAGCUUCUUCUCCAUCUUCUCCUGGGGCGUGCUGGCCUCCCUGGCCUACCAGCGCUACAAGGCUGGAGUGGAUGACUUCAUCCAGAACUACGUGGACCCCACUCCGGACCCGAACACGGCCUACGCCUCCUACCCAGGUGUGCCCGCGGACACCUACCAGCAGCCGCCCUUCACCCAGAACGCUGAGAGCACGGAGGGCUACCAGCCGCCCCCUGUGUACUGAGCUGCUGCGGGGAUGGUGUGCGGAGGGAGGAGGGCGCCUGGGGGCCUCCCCUCCUCCCCGGCUCCUCCCCCAAGGCUCGGCUCCUAGAGCCGCUGGCCCCUGGCUCCUGUCCGAACUGACACAGGGCCUGGAGAGAGCGCCCUGAAGUGCCUGUGCCCCAAGGGCUUCACCCACCACUCCUCGAGGGCAUUUUUUUAGGAAAAGGUUUUUAGCUAGACACGUUUUGUUGCUUUUAAUGACCGGCAUCCCCACCUGGAAUAGCUCCAGGCACCCGAUGUGCUGUUUUGACAAGUGCCUUAGCUUCUCCCCAGCCCAGGAGCCGGGCCCACAUCCAGGCGCCGGUGGCCGCAGCCAUCUGGGGUUCUCUGCCAAAGACGAGGCUGCGGGGCCUUCUCGCUCCUGCCGUGGGCGCUGGGCCGGGGCUUCUUCCCUCCUCACUCAGGUUUGUUCCGCCCCAGCCCCCUGCCCGCUCUGCGGGCGGCCGGCUGGCCGUGCUCACUGCUGAAGUGUCUGCUCGCUUGGACCUGUGGUCACUCUGUGCCAGUGCCUCUGGGUCACCUUUCUGGCAGCCGAGGGGGACUCGGGCAGCUGUCUCAGAUCCCGCCCUGUGGCCGCAGGGAGGGGCUUUGCCUGACAACACCCAGCUUUAUGUAAAUAUCCCAGCUCUGUCCGGAGGUGUGGGAUGCACCCACAGCCCCCAGGCCGCUCUGAAUGUACAUUACAAAGCCUUGGGGGAAGGACGCACAGCACCCUUGGAUUCUGUUAGACUAAUUCUGGAGAUGGAAUAAAUGGUUUUCUCAUUCAUAA